AUGGAUAUUGAUGCUUCAUACAACAAAGAUAUUGAAUCAAUACGAGAGAAGGAAUUCCCAAACCUCAGAGGAGAAACGUAUGUUGAACAUGUUGGAACAACUUUGUAUGCCAGAAGUCAAAUGGAGGCGUUCCAGCGGGACCUUCUUGGUAACCUGUAUGGAAAUCCCCAUAGCAACAGCCUAAGCAGUUGCCUAGCAACAGAUGUCAUUGAUCAAGUACGAUACAGGAUACUACAGCACUUUAACACAAACCAUGAAGAGUACAGUGUGGUGUUUACAUCAGGAUGUACAGGUGCUUUGAAACUAUUGGCCGAGACAUUCACCUUUGACCCCUUGUCUCAAAGCAACCAAUGUGACAGUUAUUCAAUUAAUUGUAACAUAUCUAAACGACAAAAAGGCUCUUUUAUUUACCUGUUGGACAAUCACACUUCGGUACAAGGAAUGCGGGAAACUAUGGCAACCAGAGCAAGAUUAGUGUAUUGUCUUGACACCACUAUCCUUGAUUGUGAUCGGGACAUAGAGGAGGUGAAGGAAGGUCUCAUUUUUAAGACAGAACAUUCAGAACCUGGAGGAAACAAUUUAUUUGCUUUUCCUGCACAGUCUAAUUUUUCUGGCACUAAAUAUCCAUUAUCAUGGUUAGCGAAGGUGUGUCAUGGUCAGUUUGAGUUCCAAAAGCAACUCACCGGUCAGUGGUAUACUGUUCUGGAUGCUGCAGCACUGAUAUGUACUUCUGUCCUUGACCUUGAGAAAUACAAACCAGACUUUGUGACGUUGUCAUUUUACAAAAUGUUUGGAUUCCCAACAGGAAUUGGUGCUUUACUGGUGAGGAACCAAUCAGCCCAUGUGUUACAAAAGAGAUAUUUUGGUGGUGGAACAGUAGAAGUUAGUACAGCACAAGAAGACUUCAGAGUUUUCCGCCAAAGCAUUUCAGACAGAUUUGAAGAUGGCACCGUACCAUUUUUGGAUAUCAUUGGUCUCCGUCAUGGUUUUAACGCCUUGGAUAAGAUCGGAGGGGGUAUUGAGAGGAUUUCCCAGCAUACUUUUACCAUUGCACAAUAUUUCCAUCACAAUCUUUCAUCGUUACACCAUGGUAAUGGACGUCCAGUGGCUGAAAUUUACUGUGACAACAAGUUCGAUGACAUUCAAACUCAGGGGCCAAUAAUCAACUUUAAUCUGAGACGAGCUAAUGGAGAUUACGUAGGCUUUGCAGAGGUAGAUAAGAUGGCACAGUUAUACAACAUACAUCUGAGGACUGGCUGUUUCUGUAACAUUGGAGCCUGUCAAAAGUACCUUCAUUUGUCAUCAAAGCAGGUUAAAGAUAAUUUUCAGGCGGGCCACAGUUGUGGGGACAGUAGAGAUCUGAUUGAGGGAAUUCCCACAGGGUCGGUCCGGAUUUCUUUUGGAUACCCAUCCAUUCUCAAGGAUGCACAGAUCUGUUUGAAUUUCAUAACUGAAUGCUUUCUAGAAAAAUCUGGAGAAAAGUUUAAUUUCCUGAAUAUGUCCCUGCAAGAUUUCCAUUCUGAUCAUUUGUCCCAUUCAGAAUCAGAAGCGAACAGACAGCCAUCAUGUUUUGACAACUCAGAGUCUGGUUUCUCAUCAGAGGAAGAAUUUAAAGACUGCCGAUCAGAAGAGGUUUUGGAAACAGUAUUACAUAAACAAUAUGACCAAUCAGAGAGUCUGUCACUGUCACCUUUGGAAAAGGUUCAUAUCUUAGAAAGCUGUGAUGAACACACAAAAAGACUUACAGGAAUCAUGUUAUACCCUGUAAAAUCCUGUGGGGCAAUGGAG